AUUGUAGGAGAGGGGACACGCUUCUGGUUCCGGCCGCGUUUGUUUGCCUCCGCUUUGCCGUGCUCGCUCCUCGCUUGCUUGCUGCUUCCCCACUCCCAGUCUCGGGCUGCGGCGGCAGCUCGUUGCUCGCUCUGUGCUUGCUCCUCAAUCCGCGGGCGGGAGCUUGGGCUUUCUGCUACCCCUCUGCUGCAUCCUCUGUCGCGGAACCUCUCGGGCGUUCUGACAGUUCGAGCUUGAUUUCGGGAGGAAAUCUUUCCCCGAGCUGCUUCUGUUCGCUGGAGCUGUGCUUUGCCCGUUCCAUCUUGAACCUGCGAAUUCCCGCUUGGUUCAGUAGCAUCCGUCCCCGCGCGGCGCCUUGGCGAAUUCGCUCUUUCCGGACUCGGAUCGGAUGUAUCCCCGAGCCACGAAAUCUUGGGAGCAGGAGGGGAAGCUUCGAUCUUUCAGGCCUCCCAAAUCCCGCUAGUAGCUCACGCGGAGGCUUCUAGAACCUUCUUCUAGCCGCCGCCCUCGCCCCAUGGAGACCUCCACCAUUAGCUUCUCGUCCCCGUCCUCGUCGCCCCAGUCCCCGCCGCCGCCGCCGCGGGCCACGCCGGCGGAGCUCGAGGCCGUCAGGUUGGGUCGCCUCAGCGACAACCUCGAGCGCCUCCUCGACCCGGCCUUCCUCGACUGCGCCGACGCCGAGAUCGCGCUCGCCGCGGGGAAGGGCGCCGCCGCCGUCGGCGUCCACCGCUGCAUCCUCGCCGCCAGGAGCGCCUUCUUCCUCGACCACUUCGCCUCCCUCCCGCCCCCCGCCGCCGUUGGCGAGAGGCCCCGGCUCGAGCUCGACGGCCUGGUCCCCGGCGGCCGCCACAUCGGCCGGGACGCCCUCGUGCCCGUGCUCGGGUACCUCUACACCGGCCGCCUCAAGUCGCCGCCGCAGGAGGUCACCGCCUGCAUGGACGAAGCGUGCGGCCACGCGGCGUGCCGCCCGGCGAUUGACUUUGUCGUCCAGUCCAUAUACGCCGCUUCUGGCUUCCAGAUCUCCGAGCUUAUUUCCCUCUUCCAGCGCCAUCUCUCUGACUUUGUUAGCACAGCUCUGGAAGAAGAUGUGGUGCCGAUUGUUCAUGUUUCUUCCACCUGCAAGCUUCAGGACCUGCUCAAUCAGUGUAUUCAGAGGAUUGCAUUCUCCACUCUCGAUAGCGGGUACCUGGAGAAGGAGCUUCCAGAUGAUAUAUACUGCAAGAUCAAGCAAAUCCGCCAGAGUGCAUUUCAGGAUGAAUCAGAGAACGCCAUUGAGGACCCUGAGCAUGAGAAGAGGGUUAGAAACAUCCUCAAGGCCUUGGAUUCUGACGAUGUUGACCUUGUUGUCUUGCUGUUAAAGGAGUCUGCAGUCACCUUGGAUGAUGCAUUCGCUCUACACUACGCUGCAGCCUACUGUGAGCCUAAAGUGUUUGCGGAAUUGCUGAAACUAAAUUCUGCCAAUGUGAAUCUGAAGAAUAGCAGUGGGUAUACACCGCUGCACAUAGCUUGCAUGAGGAGAGAACCGGACAUCAUUCUUUCCCUUGUGGAGAGGGGAGCCUCUGUGCUGGAGAGGACGCCGGAUGGGCGUGAUGCUCUUACUAUCUGCAAGAGACUAACAAGAGAGAAAGACUGCAACAGGAAGUUGGAGACAUACGAGGAGAAAAGCAAGCCUUACUUGUGUAUCGACAUAUUGGAGCAAGAACUUAAGAGGAAAUCCAUCAUUUUGGACCCAAUCUCAAUAGAGGAGUCGAUUGCCACACCUUUGUUGGUUGAUAAUUUUCACAUGAGGCUCAUAAAUUUGGAAAACAGAGUUGCCUUUGCAAGGAUAUUCUUCCCUUCUGAGGCCAAGCUUGUCAUGCGCAUCGCACAAGCUGAUUCAACUGAAGAGUUUGCUGGCAUCACAAAUUUCAGUAAACUGAAGGAGGUUGAUCUGAAUGAGACCCCCACGAUGCAAAACAGGAGGUUACGUGAACGCCUUGAUGCCUUAACAAAGACAGUGGAACUAGGAAGACGAUACUUCCCACAUUGUUCGGACGUUCUUGACAAAUUUCUCAACGAAGAAUCCACCGACCUGAUCUUCCUUGAAACUGGCACUCCAGAGGACCAGCAAGUCAAGCGGAUGCGCUUCUCUGAACUCAAAGAGGACGUGCGUAAGGCCUUCACAAAAGAUAAGGCGGCGGUUGCAGCCAUAGCUUCGUCAGCAUCCUCAUCUUCGUCUGUGAGGUAUGAAGGGAGAGGUAGACAAUCCAAUCGGAAAUCAAAGCAAUCACGGUGAUAUCAGUAGUUUAAGUGCACUCUGUUGUAAACACAUGACUUUUCUCAAAGUGGGGAACAAGGGCUUGUAGGCUGUUUUUGACAACGUGUAGCACAGUGAAGCAAUUCGACCCAGCUUGACGAGAAAUUUUCUGGAGCUGCCGAGCUUUGAGCCUUUGACAUAUAAUGAUGUUUCGUUAGAUAAUUUCCAAGUACUGACUGUCAGUUUUGCAGCCACUAUAAUUGUUUUGCAUGUAAAAACUUCGUUUUGGCUGGGAAAUGGAGUGGUGUUAAUAUC